UCUGGCGCUAGCGGGCCGCGCCAAAGAUGAGUAUUUUCGUGGCGAGCCUGUGGGUGUUGGUGGUGAUUUGUGUUGUGUUGUUUCUAUACACUCGCUCUGACACCACGGCAUCGGGGGAUGCGUCGUUUAGAAGUUUUCAGCUCACCUAUCUCGUGGUCUACAUGCUGGCUAUGGCUGGAGACUGGCUGCAGGGACCCCAUGUGUACGCCCUGUAUCAGCACUAUGGAAUGAGCACUCACGACAUUGAGGUGCUCUUCGUGGCAGGCUUUGGCGCCAGUAUGAUCUUUGGGACUGUGGUCGGUUCAUUUGCUGACAAGUAUGGAAGGCGAGCCAACUGUAUCCUGUAUGGUGUGCUCUAUGGUAUGGCGUGUGUCACUAAGCACUUUGGCAAUUUCUGGAUCCUUAUGAUUGGUCGGCUACUAGGAGGUACAGCUACGUCCAUAUUAUAUAGUGCUUUUGAAUCCUGGCUGGUGUAUGAACACAAUAAGAGAGGAUUUAGUCAGGAUCUUCUCGGAACCUUAUUUUCGCACGCCACCCUGGGGAACUCCUUGGUGGCCAUCUUGGCUGGAUUUGUGGCACAAUUCUUCGCUGACAGCUUUGGUUUUGUAGCUCCCUUUGAUGUGUCCUUGACUGUCCUGGCUAUCAUGUGUGUGGUGAUCAUAUUUACCUGGUCCGAAAACUAUGGGGACUCCGCUGUCAACGUGCGCACUUCGUUUGUUAGUGCUAUCAAAUCUAUCAAAUCAGACCGCAAGAUAUUAUGCCUGGGUGUGAUCCAGUCUCUCUUUGAGGGGUCCAUGUACACCUUUGUCCUGGAGUGGACGCCCGCACUGACCCCUGUGGCCACAACAGCGUCCAGUGUGGCCAGCAGGAGACUCCUAGAGGAGGAAGACGUCACUGUAGAGGGGCACAGAGGGGCUAUACCACAUGGGUAUAUCUUUGCAGCAUUUAUGAUUGCUAUUAUGAUUGGGUCAUCUCUAUUUAAGAUACUAUGUAGAUGGACCUCCAUUGAGUCAUUCAUGAGACCUGUGUUAUUCAUAUCAGCUGUAGCACUGUGUACACCUAUAGUGUGUCCGGGGAACCAGCUUGUAAUCUUCAUUGGUUUCCUGGUAUUUGAGGUUUGUGUGGGGUUGUUUUGGCCCUCCCUGGGGACUAUGAGGGGGAAGUACGUCCCCGAGGAAACACGUGCUACUAUAAUGAACUGUUUCCGGAUCCCGCUGAAUCUCAUUGUAGUCAUUAUACUUGUCCAGAACCUGAGGAUGGACUUGAUAUUCAAGUGUUGUGUGAUGUUUCUUCUGUGUGCUUGUCUCAGUCAGCAUGUAUUAUAUAGAGAUAGUUUAAAUGUUAGCAAAGCUCUCCCUGAAACCAGUGGUGAAGGCAGCAGACAAGAUGCAGGCAAGAUGCCUUUGAUCAAAGAAGACUUGGUGGAAGCAAAUGGCAAUGAGGAUGAUGAUCAGAACUAAUGGGAAGAAGACAAAAUGACUUAUAUUGGGAGGUGGUUGUCAACUCAAAGUGUUGACUCUUAUUUCGACUGUGAAUUCUCACUGGUUUCUAUUGUGAUUUAGUUUUUAAUGAAAUGAUAUUUCUUUUUAUGUGGAAUUCUUAUGGUUAUGAAUAAUUUCUCUCUGUUUUUCAAGUGGUAUUCUAUGUUAGUUCAUCUAUUUUUAUUUUAUUUUUGUGGGGAUGACAAUGUGGUGGCUGCCAGCAAAAUAUAUUUACCCAAGCUAGCCAUGAGGUAGGUCUUGCAACUUUGCAUAAAUUCAAGCAAGAUUUAAGAGGCUUGGAAGAGAGAAGGUACAGAAACGUUGAGAGGCAAGCAAUUGUGGUACAGCAAUGAAAAAAUGACAAUUUGUACACAGAUAUCUUUACGGUCGUUUCCUCUGGUGAUUUGCAGAAUUACAGCUUUGUGUGCUCAAAACAUGGUAAUAAGUUACUUACAUAUUGUUUUCUAGGGCAACAUUCCUGGAACAUUAAAGGGAUAACAAUUCUUCAAUUUGGUGGGAAAAGUGCCAUAAAACAAAUUUUCCUGGGAUAAAUGAUGAUGGCAGGCACAAAUUUCAGACUAAUUGCUUUAACCACCAUAUAGGUGGUAAAACAGAAUUUAUUAUAUUUCAAGGUUUUGUUUACAAUGCACUUAUUGUGGAAUUUUGAAUCUUAUAUGAAGAGUUUUUAUCCCUUUAUUUCAUCCUUAUCACUGAAAAGUUCACUCGACUUCACAGGUAUUCUGGGAUACUUGCUAGUCUCGUAUGGCCUCGCACUGCUGAUUUCGGCCAUCUUGGACGAUUUCCAUUCACUAAAUAAAUUAAGUAGAGGAGUUGUGGUUAAUACUUGGUAAACAGAGUAGAAAAAAAUGUUUUGACACAGAUUUGGACAUAAUAUGGUUAUGUCACUUGUUGAUCUUAUCUCUGUAAUUUUGUGAAGGCAAUCACUCAUUUUAAUUCUGUGCUUUGAUUUUUGAAUGGAUCCGAGGCAUCAAAUCUGAAAUAAUUGUCUCAGAAAAAAAACAGAGGACUUAAUUAGUAGACCAUGGUUGCAGAAACCACGAGUUAGUGAGAAAUGCAUUAAGCCAUUACUACUUUCUGAAAUUAUUUAUGUUUAACACUUUAUUCUGUAUAUUUUACUAAUUUUGGUGAAGAUGAGUAUUACAUACUUCAGUGCAUUCCAGAAACAAUACAGAGAAAAGAAUUGUGAUUAAGUAUAUAUGUUCAUAUAUAGGAUGUAAUACCUAUUGUGAGAAUACUGUAAAGGAAGACAAAUUGGAACAUGGUUGUCUGUGAAAUCUGUAAAGUGAAAUAAUUCUAUGAUACACAGAGUGAUACAUAGAGGAGGCGAGAGACAGGUUUUUAGUAAUUUUUAAUGGUAUUUCUUUACUUUCCGGUGAAAAGAACUUGGUCAUAUCUUAAAAUGAAGACAAUGUAUAGUUAUGCUAUAGGAAGGUUCUUUUUAUUUUUUCAUGGUGGUUUUUAUAAUAAAUGUAUUUUUGCUUUUA